CUUCACAACACUUUAAGGAAUCAUGGGGGUUUUAAAGUUAGAGGACUUGAUAGAUCAGAUACCUUCUCUCUGUGAGGAGGUUAACAUAGAAAAAACAGGUCUCAUCAUUGAUGGUGCAGCUCUGUACUAUUCUUUGUAUUAUACGUCUGAUCCAAAGCUGGACCAGCGCUGUGGAGGAGAUUAUCCUGGAUUCAAAGAUGAGGUCUGUAACUUUUUUAAGACUCUGCAGGACUGUGAAGUCACUCCGUACGUCUUCCUGGAUGGAGGCUUAGGAUCCGGCAAGCGUGAACAUUUUGUGUCUCAUCUUAAAAAAAAACUGGAAAAAGCAAAGUCAGUAGCAGAGACUGAGCUUGGCUGCAGUGUACAAAAAAGAUACAGGCCUAACGUCUUACCACCUCUGGUCAGAGAUGUCUUCAUAGAAAUCUUGAAGGAAAAAGGCAUAGAGUUUAAACAGUGUUUAGGAGAGGCAGACCCUGAGAUUUUUUUUGCUGCAAAUCAGAAACAAUGGCCUGUGCUGUCCAUUGACACAGAUUUCUGCAUCUAUGAUGUGGACAAAGGUUUCCUUCAUCUCAAACACUUUGAGUGGAAAAGCAAGAAGGAUGGAAAAAUUCCUGCUAAGCUCUACACACGUUCAAAGUUUUGUGAGCAUUUUAAAUUGGACCCUGCUCUCAUGCCAGUCUUUGCUUCAAUAGCAGGAAAUGAUUAUUCAAGAUUAGGUAAGGAAAUAUUUGCAAAUCACUCACCUUCACCUGGUCAAUACGACAUCAAACGACUGUAUGGUAUGCUUACAUUUUUAAGCGAAGUGAAGCUGGAUAGCUGUAAUGAUUCACAGAAGAGAGAACACGCUCUGCAAAAUGCUGUAAAUCACGUUCGUGAGAUCGAGGACAGAUCUUUCAAACUCUCCAUUCAAAAAUAUGUUGAUCCCAAAAAAAAUGAUCCUGACCUGCCAUCAUGGGUACGUCAAAAAGUUGAGCGUGGAGAUCUCUCCACUUUCAUCAUAAGUGUUUUAGAUCAGAAGACCAUGAUGCUGCCUGCUCUUGUGGAGGACUUUUCACAGCGCAGUAGUUACACAGCUGCUUACCGUAUCAGGCAGUACUUCUAUGGAGUGUUGACUGGAGGUCAGAUGUGCACUGAAUAUGACAGGGAUCAUAAAAUAGAUGUGCAACCUCUCCUGCCAAAUGUGAGCAGUGAUGAACAGGAGCAGCUGCAACUACAGCGUCUGCAUAAGGCUCCUGAGGGUUUGCGUCGCAGGGUGUUUGAAGAAGCUCUGCAGGUUCAGACUUCAGCCUUAGAAAACAUCCCCGACCAGCUGAAGCUGCCAGUCUGUGUGACUGUUUUCUGGUUCAAGAAUUUACAAAGUGACCCAAAACCUGAAACUGUCCACUGCCUCCACGCCCUCCUGCUGGGGUUUGUGUGUGACCGUGAUGGUCCAGAGGACAAGUUUGAGAGGAAGAUGAAAGCUUUAAAGGAUGCAGCUAUCAGGAGGAAAUGGCAGCCCCGUGUGGCUCAUGCUUUCAGCCAAUGGCUGUGCUGCAUGAGGCAGAGCCUCCACCUGAACCAGCUGCUGUGUUCCCCUCUACCAGAACCUCAGUGUGCUCGGCUUUACUGUGGAUCUCUCCUUCAUCGGCUGGCAGAUGAAGACACGAUUGAAGAAGUACAGAAAACACUGACAGGAGAAAAGAAGAAAUUAUAUGAUUAUUUAAAAACCAUUCUUAAUCCACCAACUACUGGGGAGGGGUCUUCAAGUGAGGAGCAAUGCCAACAAGUGCAGAACACUGAGGAAGAGGAGAACUCAGAUAAAGAUUUCAUAACCAUUCAAGACAAUUUACACAUUGUGGAAAAAACUCUGCUUAUUGGCGACUCUGUACUCAGAGAUGUGCAGCUAGAGACUCCAGGAACUGUGAUCAAUUGCAUUCCAGGAGCAAGAGCAGGUGACAUUGAAGCUUAUCUGAAACUGCUGGCUCAGAAUAAACAUAGAUUUGGGAAGAUUGUAAUUCACGUCGGCAGUAAUGACAGCAGGUUCAGUCAAUCCGAGGUCACCAAAAUUAGCAUUGCAUCAGUUUGUACAUUUGCCAAAACAAUGUCAGACACUGUAGUUUUCUCUGGUCCCCUCCCCUAUGAGACCAAUGAUGUCAUCUAUAGCCGCAUGCUGUCAUUGAACCGCUGGCUGUCUGAAUGGUGUUCAAAAAACAGCGUGAAAUUCUUAGAUAACUGGCAAACCUUCUGGGAAAACCCUGGUCAUAUUGUGGAAGAGGGCAUCCAUCCCACUUUGGAUGGUGCAGCUCUCCUUUCUAGACAUCUGGAUGAAUUUAUACAGAAUUUGGACAAGAAAGCAGAGUUAGGGUCUGUUGUCAUAGAGGCUGUGACUCCAUAACACAAAAGAGCCAAAACAGCUAAAUGUGGGUAACUAAAUAUAUUAUUUUUACAGUAGAUGUUAAGAACACAGAGAAAUGAAGUGAUGCAAGUUUAGGAGAUUAAUGGCUUCUUUUUAUUUUUGGAUAAACAUGAUGACAUUUUUAAAACUUAAAGUAAUGCAGAAAUAAAACACAAUCCUGCCUCAACAUUUAAUACAGCAAGAAGAAAAGAACAAAAUCAGGGAAAUAAAGAGCUGUCAGUUUGGUUUGUUUUACUUUUUUCAGUCAGGUGUUUGAACUGCACUAACUCAAAUAUAGUUUAUGAGCAGCAGGAAGCUGAAGAAAACAGGAACGUGGAUGCCAGUCAGGUGUUUAAUGAGCAGCUGAGAGAGGAAAGGAGGAACCUUUCAAGAAUUUAUCAGACAAAUCAUUUGGUAUAGACAAAUUUUUUUGUGAAAUCAAACAUCUUUUGAAGAUUAUUCUCAUCCAGAAAAACUGUAGUCUCUGUCGGAUCCGGUCCUCUUUAAAUUUUGGCAUGUUGAUGGUAAAAAUGUGUUUGUCUUACCCGUUCAGCUGGUGCUGUGCCUUCUGGAGUAUCUUUGUUGCUUCAAGGCCUUAACAGAGCUCAUUUGCGGACUUUUAGGAGUAAUCCUGUUUUUUCUGCAUCUGAGGCAGAAUCUCAGGUGGUGACUGUAAUCAGCCAUCUUACAUUCUGUUUGCUCAUACUGACGUACAGCACCUAAUCCUGUUAACUCCAUGAUUUCAUGCUGUUCUCCGGUGAUUUUCUUUUCAUCAGACCACCCCCCCUUUAUAUUAAACAAUACGUACUCACACCAGCUCAAAAUUUGAAGAGAUUAAAAAAUGAACCCGUUCGCGAAAUUCAACUCUAUAGACUUUAGUAUCACUCUUGGCCAAAAACAGUUGCUCAUUAGAGCCACAACUGUAUCCACAUGCUCAGUUUAACAAAUAUAGACUUGCACAAGCCUCAGUUUUGCUAGUCCAGGAAAUAAAAGGUGAUGAAAAAUAAAUAAAUUUUUAUUGAAUUAAAGUUAAUGGGAUGGCUCCCUCAGCAUCCUGUGCUCACCAGAUUUUAUUUUUCUCUCUCUUGUUUUGCGCUGUCUAAUGUCCCUGUGUGUGUGUGUGUGUGUGUGUGUGUGUGCUUCACUGGUGUUUGAUUGUAGGGGUGUUUAUUUCUGUUACGGCCCUUGCAGGGCCUCCUCCUGAAGUUGCCUGUGUGGGCGUGUCCUACGUCUCUCCUGCCUGAGGUGCUACCUUUUUCUUUUGAACAGCUGACUCCCGUCAGCAAUUAAAGGUAUUUAAGGCAGGAGAAAGGUGAGCUCUGGUUGUUGCAGCUAGAGAGCUAUGUUCAGUGAUUGUUUACUCCAGCUCUGUGGAGAGGAGUGUUUGGUGACCAAACUUUUUUUCUUUUUACUUACUUCAGUUUACUGACCAAUGUCUGAGUUGUUUGUUUCUUUAAAUGGUCAUAGCGGCUUGUCCUUCUCUAAUGUGUGUGUGUGUGUGUGUGUGUGUGUGUGUGUGUGUGUGUGUGUGUGUGUGUGUGUGCAUGUCAUUUGUAUUUCCAUGCUUUAGCCCGUACCUCAUCAAGUACAGGUGACAUGUUGUUAGGAAUUUUAUGCUUUGAGUUUGUAAAUACUAAUUUACAGUCUAAGUAAUAAAUUGUUUUAAAAGAA